ACUGUCUUCAUUUACACAUCCUUAUACUUAGACCAUAUUUGGCCUAAGGAAGACACAAUGUUCAGCGUCCAUAGUAUCUCCUAAAAUACGUUGUAACGUAAGAUAAAAUUUCAUGUUGCGACAUCUUCCGGUAAUGUGCAGAUCAACGUUUGCAUGCGAUGGGCUUCUUCUGCGCAAAGGGGGAAUUGUUCAUAGCCUUAGGUAGGGGUACCCCCACAAUUUAUACACUAACUCUCGCCGGCUCGACUUUAUAAUGUGAAUCGGAAUCAGUCGAACACAGUUUGAGUUUGCUGAAGAAAGUGAGUGGAUGGGAAAUAGUGUGUGGUGGUGCUGGUCACAUGCCAAUAUACCGUGUACUUAACCGUGUGUUUGUUUAGUCGAAUGUCCUACACAACUAGUCGCGACCGUUACUUAAAUUUCAAAGCAGCCGACUUUUGUGUACUUAAUUAAUUAUUCGAAACGGGACCGAGCAGGAUACAAGUGGAACUAAAAAAUAAUAAAUUGGCCAAGAAACGAAUGCGGUAAAUGAAUCAUUAUGGAGAAUCAAACUAUGGAUCAGUUUUGUGGUUCCAAAUUCUGGGAUGAUAAAAUAGCAUGGUAUACAGAAGACCCGGACAUCCCAGAAUGUUUUCAAAAGACUGUAUUGGUGUGGAUACCAUGUGCAUUUUUGUGGGCUUUCUGUGGGUUAGAAGUUUACUAUCUUAUAAAUAGCAAGAAGAAAAAUAUCCCAUGCACAUGGUUAUAUAUUUCUAAACAAGUACUUGUAGUAUUAUUGAUUUUACUUAGUAUCAUUGAUUUAGGAACCGCUAUACAUAAAAAUACUUCUGAACCUGUUUUUAAUGUUGAUUAUUAUACACCAUGUGUGAAAAUCAUUUCUUUUAUUCUAGCAUUUAUUUUAAUGAUGUAUAAUAAAAAACGUGGAAUGCGGACCUCUGGACUAUUAUUUUUAUUUUGGUUUCUUCUUGUAGUAUGUGGAGUUGUUCAAUAUAGAAGCGUAUUAAGGCUUAUUAAUAAGGAGGAAGUUACUUAUUCAUUUGUAUCAUACAUGAUAUAUUAUCCAGUAAUUGUAAUUUUAUUGUUGUUAAAUUUUCUGGUCGAUGCAGAACCCACAUAUUCUGAAUAUCCAAAGGAAGAAAUGCCAUGUCCAGAGCAAAGCUCUUCCUUUCCAGCUAAAAUAUUUUUCACAUGGUUUGAUCCAAUGGCAUGGAAAGGUUUUAGGAAACCUUUGGAAACUACAGACUUAUGGUCUAUGAAUGCGGAAGACACAGCCAGAGAAAUUGUACCGAAGUUUGAUAAAUACUGGAAUAAAAGUACACAGAAAAGCGACAAUGUGCACAACACUAAAGCAUCAUUUAGAAAGUCUUCUGGACAAGUAGAUUUCAAUAGCGGACGUAAGAAGAAGGUGAUAUCAGUUUUACCACCUCUUUGUAAAGCUUUCGGUGCUACAUUUUUAUUUGGAGUGGUACUUAAAUUUGUACAAGAUAUUAUUACUUUUGUUAGUCCACAAAUACUGAAACUACUCAUUCGUUUUAUCGAGGACCGUGACUCAAUGUGGAAAGGCUACUUAUUAGCAGUUAUACUCCUAGUUACAGCCACAUUUCAAACAUUAAUUUUAUCUCAGUACUUUCACCGCAUGUUCUUACUUGGAUUACGUAUACGUACUGCAUUAAUAGCUGCGAUUUAUCGAAAGGCGUUAAGAAUGUCUAAUGCUGCCAGAAAAGAAUCCACAGUUGGUGAAAUAGUAAAUUUAAUGUCUGUGGACGCACAGAGAUUUAUGGAUUUAACAGCAUAUAUAAAUAUGCUUUGGUCUGCGCCCCUACAAAUUAUUUUAGCCUUAUAUUUUUUAUGGGAACAACUGGGACCGGCAGUACUCGCUGGUUUAGCUGUUCUACUUAUUCUUAUUCCAGUAAAUAUAUUAAUCACAAAUAGAGUAAAGACAUUACAAAUCAGACAAAUGCAAAGCAAAGACGAAAGAGUAAAAUUAAUGAACGAAGUUCUUAACGGUAUAAAGGUAUUAAAGUUGUAUGCUUGGGAACCUUCGUUCGAAGAACAAAUACUGAAGAUACGUACGAAAGAAAUAGAAGUAUUAAAAGAAGCAGCAUACCUCAAUUCUGGAACAAGUUUUAUCUGGUCCUUUGCUCCCUUUUUAGUAUCCUUAGUAUCCUUUGCAACAUAUGUACUUAUAGAUGAAGAGAACCGUUUAAAUAGCACUGUUGCUUUCGUUUCGCUUAGUCUUUUUAAUAUCUUAAGGUUUCCGUUGUCCGUAUUACCUAUGAUGAUUGGUAACAUAGUUCAGGCUUGGGUUUCUGUGAAACGUAUUAACAAGUUUAUGAACUCUGAAGAAUUGGACCCUAAUAAUGUUCAACAUGAUCCAUCCGAGCCACAUGUACUAUUAAUUGAGAAUGGUACUUUCACAUGGGAUGCGGAAAAUAUUGAUAAACCAACAUUAAGAAACAUCAAUGUAAAAGUAGAUCAAGGACAAUUGGUAGCUGUUGUUGGUACAGUGGGAUCUGGUAAAAGUUCUCUUAUAUCAGCUCUUUUGGGAGAAAUGGACAAAAUAAGUGGCAAAGUUAAUACAAAAGGUUCCAUCGCCUAUGUGUCUCAGCAAGCGUGGAUACAAAAUGCAUCAUUACAAGACAAUGUUUUAUUCGGGAGACCACAUCAUAAAAACUCAUAUAAUCGUGUAAUCGAAGCAUGUGCAUUAAAUCCAGAUUUGAAGAUAUUACCUGCAGGUGAUCAAACUGAGAUCGGAGAAAAGGGUAUAAAUUUAUCUGGUGGACAAAAACAAAGAGUGGCCUUAGCAAGAGCAGCAUAUAGUGAUUCAGAUGUUUAUUUCUUGGAUGAUCCUUUAAGUGCGGUGGAUGCACACGUCGGAAAACACAUUUUUGAGAAUGUAAUCGGCAACACUGGUCUGCUAAAAAAAAAGACAAGAGUACUCGUCACGCAUGGCAUUACCUUUUUACCAGAAGUUGAUAAUAUAAUUGUUCUCAAAGACGGCGAAAUAACGGAAGUUGGAAGUUAUAAACAACUUUUAGAGAAAAAGGGAGCUUUCUCUGAAUUUUUAGUGCAACAUCUUCAAGAAGUUGGAAAUCUGCAUGCUGAUGAUGACUCAGAAGGAGAUUUAAAUGAAAUUAAGCAACAACUGGAAUCAACAAUAGGGUCAGAUGAGUUACAACAGAAAUUAACGAGAGCCAGAUUAAGAGUGUCAGAGAGUCAAAGUGAAUCUGGUUCUCUUGCUGAUAGAAGAUCUUUAAGUGGCUCGUUAAAAAAACAGCACUCUAUAGAUAGUCAACAAUCGGAUAGUUACAUUCGUAGCAACAGUAUAAAUAAUAAAUUAACACAACCAAAGGAUAAGUUAAUAGAAGUGGAAAGAACUGAAACUGGAAGUGUUAAAUGGCAAGUGUAUUCUCAUUAUUUCAAAUCAAUUGGAUGGUUCUUAUCAAUAGCGACUAUUAUAAUGAAUGCAAUUUACCAAGGAUUCAGUAUUGGUUCAAAUUCUUGGUUGAGUGUGUGGUCUAAUGACAAUUUAACAGACUACAAUAAUACAUUCAACAGAGCAAAACAAGAUAUGUAUCUUGGAGUAUAUGGCGGACUUGGACUUGGUCAGGGUAUGUUUCAUAAAAUGUAUGGUUAUUAUAUGAUACUUAGCAUAUUCUCUUCACCAAAAUCAAUUACAUUGGUUUCUUAAAACAACGCUAUUGUAAGUUUAGUAAGGUAAGCUUAUGAAGCUUUUACGGUAACGUAAAAGUUAUCCAAAGAAAAGCAUGUUCCUUCACAGAUUACAUGGUUUUGGGGUAAUUUAAUUUCUUUGAUUAAUUUUGAACAACGAUUACGAGUUUAAAUAAGCACAUGUUUCGUUAUGUUGUUACAUAUUGAAUUCUCGAAAUAUUUUUUAUUUUUAAAAUUAUUUUAUACAUUAGCCAAUACUAUAUAACAUUAACAAAAUCUCAACGAUAUUUUAAAAUGUUAGUGUGAGUGUGGUUUGCUGUGCCUAUAGAACAUUCAUACUCACAAUGAAGCUUUUGUAGUAAUUAAAUGUCUAAAUGCAACUAUUUAAAUUUCUUUCAUAUUUAAAAAUAC